AUAAUUAUUUAUAUUUUGUAUAUAGAUUAGUGUAAUUUGUUUAGUAAAUGUUAAGGAAAGAAAAGUGAAACAGCGAUGCAGCAAUGAUUGUGGCGAUGGGCAUGGUCCCCUAUUAAUAUUAUAAUGCGUUUGUGGGUUUAAAACAUGUUUGAGUGAGUGGUAACUGGUAAAGAUUAGUCCAUUAAGAUUUCACCCACGGGCACGGCUAAUGGGCGAAGCUGAAUGUGACUGUCACUCACUCCCAAAUCAUGUUUUAAAAUGUAAAUAUUGCUGCUAUUGUCUUUCUUUUAUUUUAUCCUCAUAAACCUAGACAUGAACGUACACGUGUCCAUUUCCUUGAUCCGCCAAAGGCCAAACCCUCACACUAUAAUCCAUUCUUCUCUCUCUCUCUCUAAAUUCAGACGCUGUUGCCGCCAUUAGGUUUUCUCCACCACCAUGACACUUUCGUGGCCAAGAUGAGUUUGGGCGCGGCGGCCGAGGAGGACUCCGCCUCCGAAAUCCAGCUGCCGGCGGAGAUCGACUGGCACAUGUUAGAUAAGUCCAAGUUCUUCUUCCUGGGCGCCGCCUUAUUCUCCGGCGUCUCAUUCGCACUCUACCCCAUGGUGGUGCUGAAGACGCGCCAGCAAGUUUCCUCGGCACGCUACACGUGCCUGCACAUGGCCUCCGCCAUUCUCCGCCACGAGGGCCUCCGAGGCUUCUACAAAGGCUUCGGCACCUCCCUCAUGGGAACCAUCCCCGCACGUGCGCUCUACAUGGCUUCCCUCGAAGUCACCAAGAGCAACGUCGCCACCGCCUUCGUCCAAUUAGGCUUCUCCCACACCACCGCCCUCGCUGCCGCCAGUGCCGCCGCCGGCGUCACCUCCGCCAUGGCGGCGCAGCUCGUCUGGACCCCGAUUGAUGUCGUGAGUCAGAGACUCAUGGUUCAGGGGAGCGGUGGGAGCCAAACCGUGCUUGCCAAUCUCAAUUCUGAGAGUUACAGGAACGGUUUUGAUGCGUUUCGGAAGAUCAUGUAUGCGGAUGGGGCAAGAGGGUUCUAUAGAGGCUUUGGGAUUUCUAUAUUGACUUAUGCCCCUUCUAAUGCGGUUUGGUGGACUUCUUAUUCCAUGGUGCAUAGACUCAUUUGGGGUGCUUUUGGUUCUUAUAUGGGUAAGACUGGUCAUGAUGCUUUAGGGAGUGGUUUUAGGCCUGAUUCUAGGGCAAUGGUGGCGGUUCAAGGGUUCAGUGCAGUUUUGGCUAGUGGGGUGUCUGCGAUUGUCACAAUGCCCCUUGAUACCAUUAAGACGAGGUUGCAGGUGUUGGAUACCGAAGAGAAUGGGAGAAAGAGGCCUUUAACUUUUGUGCAAACGGUUAGGAGUUUGGUAAAGGAAGGUGUAUUGGAUAAUUCAUGCAAAGGAGAUAUGUUUAUACGAAUCGAAAGGAACAAAAAUUGUUCGUGCAUAUUUGUUCCUCCAUUCUUUUCUAUUAGAUAUGUUUUCUUGUAA